AUGGCAGCUGUCAUAUAUGAUGACGAGGUGGAUCGUUUUGAGCCAUUACUUGUAGAGGGACGGGUAUAUUAUGUGUGGCGGAUGUCCGCAAAACCAGUUAUGAAAAAUCAAGACUACAUGUUUGCAGAUAGUCACUUUGUGUGUCGUUUCACAUCAGUGACAGCACUUAAUGAGAUAAGAAAUGUGAACGAGCAAUUUAUCCCAUUAUUUCCACCGUUUAUGCCUUUUGACAAAGUUUGGCAGUUCACUCUGGAUAAUGAUAUGUAUGUUGAUGUCAUUGGCAUGGUUAUGUAUGUGAGUUCUAUGGGGCACAAGUACAGUUUCUACAAUCGAAAGGUCCCACUGAGAAAUAUUGUUCUAAUGCACAGCAGCUAUAAUAUUGUGAAGUUAGUUGUAUGGGACAAGUUAGUGACUAGUAAUCUAAGUACCUGGGAGAAAAUUGCAGAGGACCGUGCUAUUGUUGUGGCCAUGAUGUUGAAUGCAAAGCGCGAUGGAUCAAUAAUGAGCUCAGCGGGCCACCCUCUCCAUGAGUCAAAGAAGAUGAACUAUGGUCAUGUUGCAGAACUGGAGUCUUAG